AUGGCUAAUCCUUUGGCGGUCAAAGACUUCAUCGUAGCGACCAAAUACAAAUUGAUCCGAAAAAUCGGAUCAGGAUCAUUCGGUGACAUUUAUGUAUCGAUCAAUGUUACCAAUGGUGAGGAAGUAGCCAUUAAAUUGGAAAGUAACAGAGCCAGACACCCGCAGUUGUUGUACGAGUCGAAAGUUUAUCGCAUUCUCCAGGGUGGAGUUGGAAUUCCGCAUAUCCGCUGGUACGGUACCGAACGAGAGUAUAAUGUUCUUGUCAUGGAUCUUCUUGGUCCCUCGCUCGAGGAUUUGUUCAAUUUCUGUUCUCGUCGCUUCACAAUGAAGACAGUUCUCAUGCUCGCCGAUCAAAUGAUUGGCCGUAUUGAGUAUGUGCACGUCAAAAACUUCAUUCAUCGCGAUAUCAAACCUGACAAUUUCUUGAUGGGAAUCGGGCGUCACUGUAAUAAGCUAUUUUUGAUCGAUUUCGGACUCGCGAAGAAAUAUCGCGAUUCACGCACAAGAACCCAUAUUCCAUACCGAGAAGACAAAAACUUGACAGGAACUGCUAGAUAUGCGUCAGUUAACGCUCAUUUGGGAAUCGAACAAUCGCGCAGAGACGAUAUGGAAUCGCUCGGCUAUGUGCUAAUGUACUUCAACAGAGGAACUCUUCCAUGGCAAGGAUUGAAGGCAGCGACGAAGAAACAGAAAUACGAGAAAAUUUCCGAGAAGAAAAUGACGACAUCGAUUGAGCAUUUGUGCAAGGGAUUCCCUGCCGAAUUCCCGAUGUAUUUGAGCUACACGAGAGGAUUACGGUUCGAUGAAUCGCCGGAUUACAUGUAUCUCCGGCAAUUGUUCAGAAUAUUGUUCAGGACUUUGAAUCAUCAGUAUGACUACACGUUCGACUGGACUAUGCUCAAGCAAAAGGCCGCUCAAACAAGCUCGAAUGUAAUGGCGAAUACGACUGGAACUACUGUUGCUGGCGUAUCGCAGCCAGCCGUCGGUGAAGCGGCGCCAUCUGGAAACAAAAUCCCAAUCAAACAUAUGAACGAUACUACACAUUGA